AUGUAGGUAGCUCUUUCGAACAACCUCUUGACCCAGUAGUUACAAGAAAGUCGUUUUAACUAUAUCCAUUCCACCAUGAGUGUGAAAAUAUGCACAAUUCCAAAGGUAUACCUAUGCUCAUGUGUAGUUACAGUUAUAACUGUAAAUGAAUUCCAGAUAUCUUUUGGUUGAGACUCAAUUUAUACAAGGGAAAAACUGAAAUCCCGAGUAGCCAAGUACUUUCCCCAAGGUGGCAAACCAUACUUGAACUAGAACUCAGUUCUACUGAUUCCUGAAGUCCAGUGUUCUCCCCAGCAUAAGGCACUGACUCAUUCAGUCCUAGUUUCUUCCUCUCUCCUAGAAAUUGUACCUCUUAAUUGGCAUCUCGGUAUCUCUUAAUGUUGGUCUACAUAUCUAUGUGCCUCCAUCAAAGAACACACCUGAGUACGUGUCUAUCUGCAAGUAUUUAUAAAGCAUAUCUUCAGGUGUUUAUGCCCCUUCUGGUAGGGAAAGCUCUAGAUAAUGACAGUACUCAAAGUUGGCAUCAGCAGUGAAGUCGGGGCAGACCUUCAAAGUCAAUGAUUAAUAAGCAGAUUUGGCUCUUUCUCCAAUCAACUCUAUUCCUGGAUCUUUGGGAAACAAGGCAAAAUUGUCAGGGUAGAACCAGAUAGUCAGAGUGAAACUUGGUUCCAGGACAGUAAAAGCAACCAAGACGCAAAACUGUAAGGAGCUAUGACGGAGUGACAGUGGGCUGUAGGCAAUAAGUGCUCAUGAGCUCGGGUUGGCAUGGAUAUCAUCUUAGUCUUCAGUCUAAUCAUUGCAUCGUAUGAUUCCAACAAGAUCGACCCCAGAGCGAGCAGCUGCCAAGUGGAACAGCUGCCCAGCCUCUUCCCAAAGGAUGUGAGAAGCCACAAGGAUUUGGUUAUAAGAGUUCUCCCAGAAAGUCACACAGAUAUCAAAGGGGCCCCGUCCAUCCAACAUCAGACUAUAACUACCCUGCAGUGCCUCCACUCUGGGAGGAGAGUGAGAGUCCACCUUGUACAUUCAGAGAGAAGGCCAAAGGUCAAGUAUAUGCUGAAGAACCUGAGAGUCCAUGCUGAUCUCCAUAGAAACAGCACGGCCUCCCCACGUUGUCACCUCAUGCCCACUUCCCAGUUUCAGAAUGGAUCCCUUCUAACAGCUUUCUUACCAGGGAUCUCUCAAUGCAAGAUCUACCCAGUGAAAGCCAGAUCUGCUUCAUCAGAGAUGGUGCCCAUCACUACCACCUCCAUAACUCUUAGAAGUAAAGGAGAGAGAACUACAAGCACUGAGGACUUUUCCAGCCCUUUGUCACAAGACGUAGAUGUGCACUUAAAGAAGAGGCAGAAAUGGAGCAUUGUCAUCAAAGCUCUUAUUGCUGCCACUCUGCUGCUCAGUGGAGUCAUCAUUAUAGUAUUUGUCAUCUUUGAAGUCCCAUGCCCAAGUCCAUGCCUCAGAGUCAGAAGGCUGUGCCAAUGCCUAUGGUUAUGGAGAAGGGAAAGGAAGGAAGAUCAGCAACCUGGGACAACUGAGUCCCAGUUGGGGUCUCAGCCUGAGAAGGGAAAUGUUCCUAACUCCUCAGACUCAAAGAAUAUCACAGGGGUCACUAUAAUCCACCAGACAUACUUCUGAGUUCUGCUUUGCCUCACUCUGAAUGCAAGGGAUGUCUUCUAUACCACCGUCUCCUUAUUGCAAAUCAUUACAGGAUGACUCUUGAAGCCCUUACACUCAAGUCUUCACUGGGACAUUAUAAUCAACAAUAUGACAGGACAGUGAAGGAAGACCCAGGGUUCACAGAGCUACCCUCAUGCCACUGCAGCUGACACAGACAAGCCUCUGUGAUUCACUUUGUAUAUCCAUAAAAAUGGGUUCUUUCCAUCCCAGCAAAUGAAGACAAAGUCCCUGCCUCCAAGGGUUACAUAUGGACCUUACUGCCUUCUCUGAUGAAAAACAAAACGCAGCCUUCAAAGAAAUAGAGCCAAGAGUGUGGCACACAUUCCACCUAUUCAGUUAUCCUCCCAGUUUUCUUCAUGCUCACUGGCUGUCACCUAGCUUACACCGGGGCUUCUGCUUUCCCAGGCUUACUAUUUAAUGAUGUAGCCUCUGUCACUACACAUAGUUAUCAACAACCUAGUAAAGGGAACCUAGCCUUAAGCAUUCCAACAGCCCUCCUAAUAAGUCAUUCCUGAAGAGUUUCAGGACAGCAGGAAUAUAGCAUUCAAAUGAAAUUGGAAAAUUCAGAAUUCCUAAAGGAUAUCUGAUAUUAUGUUUUUUUUUUCUUUUCCAGUACGUGAUUUGGACCAAGGUCCUCACACUGCAAGUGUUAUGCCACAGAUAUAUAUAUAUAUAUAUUAAGCCCUUUUUGUAAAGGUAACUUUUAUUUUGAGGUAGGUUCUCACCAGGUUACCCAGAGCCUGGAACUCUGCAUGAGUCUUGAAUUUUCAAUUCUCUUACUUCAGCCUCCAAGAGGAGCUGACAAUACAAGUUUGUACACCACACCUGGAUAUGCCUUAUUUAAUUUUUCAUUUUUUUGAGACAGGUUUUUAUUUAAGUAGCCCAGGCUGACCUCCAACUUGCUAUGUAGCUGAGGAUCACCUUGAAUUCCCGACCUUCCUGCCUCUACCUCCUGGGCAGGCAGUAUUUUACCAAUUACCUGAAUGUGGUUUUGAUAAGGACUCCAGAACCAAUGAUUAUGAUAAUGAUCCCACUCACAGGGGCAAAGCCAUAAGUAGAGUCUGACCUGCUUAAAUAAGACUGAAGCAGCUGACAUAGUGAAUGACAUCCUGCUUCUUUCCCAAGAAUGUGAAACCAUUCCAACUGCAAAAUGUUCCACCUUCUUUCAUGUGCAUAUUAUUCCACAUAGCCCAGGCUAGCAUUGAACUCCAUACUAUCCCAGGAUGACUUUCAGCUUAAGAUCCUUCUGUCUCCCACUUGCCAUGCACUGGAAUUACAGGCAUGUGUCACCAGGCCUGGCAAGUAAUUCUGUUUUCUCUGAGGAAAUUGUACACAAAGUCUAACCUUCCUCCUUUCACAUCCAGUACUGUCCCUAACAGGAAUCUUGAAAGUGCACUAACUAAGCAGGGGACAAGCUGAGCCAGGAGGAAAGGACAGACACAAAACAAUGGUGAUUCAAAGUUUCCUGGAAGAGCUGAAGAACCUCUCAAACUCCACAGAACCCAGUUUUGGCACAUAGCAGAAAGGGGACAAAAGACUAUGUAAGACGUUGGAUGCGAGGGUGGAUCAUUUGUACCCCACUGGUGACUCAAGUUUAUCUGGACACCUGCUACUUUGCUUGGCCAUAUACUUAAGCAAAAACGUAACUGUUCUUCCCCAGGUCUCUUAGAGGAAGUUAUUAAAAAGCUUCUAUUUGAUUCUAGGAUUAAUGCCAGCCUCCAUCCCCGUCCUCAUCUACAACAGAAUGUCCUAUAACCCGGAAACAUGAGAUUUCCUAGAAGAUGAAAGCUGUGGCUGAGUCUGUGCUCUUCUGCAAGAGUGAUAUUGGGGUAACGCCUGUACUGACUUUCUUCAUGGUAACUGACACGAUCAAAAUUAUGCAUUUUGUCUAGAGACUGUUGUCUUCCCUGGCAAAAGCAAGAAUCUUCUGAGCAUUUCCCCACUCCCUAAUCAGUCAACAGCUUCCAAUCCCUUCCCCGGUGGAGGGAGGAUUUUGGAAACUAGGAGAUGAGAGAGGAGGAGAAGAGGGCCCUGCUGUUUGGACUUUGGGAUGUGGUCUUCAGUCUGAAGAUUGCUCCAGAGUCAGACACAAAUGCUCAGGUCAUCACUCCGGAUGACACUCUAUAAAACACUUCAGUUCAACUGCCAAUGAGUCUUCUGCCAAUUGCCAAGAGUCUGCUACAAAUUCUUUCUCAUUAAAGAAUCAUAUUUUGCUUUUCUGA